AUGUCUGACUCGAAGGGUGCAGUGCCGUUCGUUUCGUGCUUCGGCAAGAAGAAGACUGCGACGGCUGUCGCCCACGCCAAGGAGGGCCGGGGUCUCGUCCGCUUGAACGGCCACCCGAUCUCGCUCUCUGGUCCCUCGGAAAGCCUCGCUUGGAAGGCUUACGAGCCUUUCCUGGUGGUCGGCGCCGACAAGUUUGCCACUGUUGACAUCCGCGUUCGCGUCUCUGGUGGUGGUAACACGUCGCAGGUUUACGCUGUGCGCCAGGCGAUUGCCAAGGCCCUCGUUGCGUUCUACGCCAAGUACUACGACGCCGCGUCGGCGCUUGAGCUCCGCCAGCUCUUCAUCUCCUACGACCGCACGCUUCUUAUUGCUGACCCGCGCCGCUGCGAGCCGAAGAAGUUUGGUGGUCGUGGUGCGCGUGCGCGCCGCCAAAAGUCCUACCGUUAA